AUGGCACCUGUUACCAACGCUCGUCUUCUCUUCAAUGAGAUACCGUCAGGUCUGCCGGAGCCCGGAAAGACAACCAUUUACGACACAUCAGAGACUAUCGACCUCGAGAAUGUACCGCUUCGUGGCGGAGCCCUGAUCAAGACCCUCGUGUUGUCAGUUGACCCUUACCUCAGAGGCAGGAUGCGAGACCCGAGCAUUGAGAGCUAUGCGCCUGCCUUCAUCAAGGGCAAACCGCUCGACAACUUCGGAGUUGGCGUGGUCCUGCGGUCUGAAGAUCCUGCUAUAAAGCCUGGCGACCAUCUUUACGGCUACUUCCCCUUUCAGGAGUACUUCCUGUCCAAGGAUGCGGCUAUACGCAUGACGCUGCCAAAUGAGAAGCUGCCGUGGUCCGUGUACGUCGGCGUGUGUGGCAUGCCAGGCCAAACUGCAUACUAUGGCUGGAAAGAACACGCGAAGCCGAACCCGGGCGAUGUGGUCUUCAUAUCAACUGGGGCCGGUGUUGUGGGAGCGACCGUCAUCCAGCUGGCGAAGGCCGAGGGCCUUAAAGUGAUUGCAUCCGCCGGCUCUGACGAGAAGGUCGCCUUCAUGAAAGAGCUCGGGGCAGACGUGGUGUUCAACUACAAGACAGAGAAGACGUCGGACGUGCUGGCGCGAGAGGGGCCCAUCAACAUCUACUGGGACAACGUCGGCGGCGAGACGCUCGAGGCCGCCAUCGCGGCCGCCACAGACAAUGCGCGGUUCAUCGAAUGCGGGUACAUCACGUCGUACAACGGGGAGGACUACCACGUCAAGAACCUCUCGCAGAUCUUCGCGAAGCAGCUCACGCUCUCGGGCUUCCUCGUCGACCGCCUGAAGCACAAGUACCAGGACGCGUUCUACAGCGAGGUGCCUGCGCGGGUCGCGCGCGGGGAGAUCAAAUACAAUGAGGACAUCACGCGUGGGCUGGAGAAGGCUGGUGAUGCGAUACUGGAUGUGCAGACCGGGAAGAAUAAGGGCAAGAGUGUGGUUCUCGUUGCAGAGGAAUGA